UCAGACACACAUAUGUAUAUAGAGAGAGAGAGAUGGAUGGAUAGAUAAAUAUUGGUCUUGACAUACCAAAAUGCAAUCAGAGGCUCUUGUGAUUGGGAGAGUGAUCGGAGAUGUUGUGGAUAACUUCUCGAGCACAGUGAAAAUGAGCGUUAGGUACAAGUGCAACAACCAUGUGUACAAUGGCCAUCAGCUCUCUCCUUCCACCCUCGCCUCUACACCUAAGGUUCAUGUUCUUGGUGGUGAUAUGAGAACUUUUUUUACCCUCAUCAUGACAGACCCUGAUGUUCCUGGCCCUAGUGAUCCGUACCUCAGGGAGCACUUGCACUGGAUAAUCACAGAUAUUCCAGGCACGACAGACUCCUCGUUUGGAAGAGAAGUAGUGAGCUACGAAAUGCCAAGGCCAAACAUAGGGAUUCAUCGCCUGGUAUUCGUGCUGUUCGAACAGAAGAGGAGGAUGCAGGUGCAGGGGAUUGCUCCCUCAGUUUGUAGGGACGGAUUUAGUACAAGGAAUUUUGCGGAGGAGAACGAGUUAGGACUCCCCGUCGCUGCUCUCUUCUUCAAUUGCCAGCGUCACACCGCUCCCAGAAGGCGCUAGGCCCAUCAUUCCCUGCAUGCAUGCCCACCUUAUACUAAUUACAUAUAUAUAUAUAUAUAAAUGUAUUGUGUGUUUGCCUGUACUAUGAUUAAUGUACUAUAAUA